GCUAAGGCAGCUUUAAGUGGAGGGCGGAUUUUUUCCCCUCCGUUUGCCUUGUGCUUUGCACUCUGAAAGAAUGUUGUGCCUGCUCUUUUUUCUGGUGACUGCUAUUCAUGCUGAACUGUGUCAACCAGAUGCAGAAAAUGCUUUUAAAGUAAGACUUAGUAUCAGAACAGCUCUGGGAGAUAAAGCAUAUGCCUGGGAUACAAAUGAGGAAUAUCUUUUCAAAGCAAUGGUGGCUUUCUCCAUGAGAAAAGUUCCCAACAGAGAAACAACAGAGAAUGGUGUCCUUACAAGAAGAAAUGAGGACACAGAUGUGCAGAGGAAAGCCCAGGUACGACAGGAGAGGACAGCCAUCCACAAGCCAAAGAAAGAAGGCUCAGAAGAAAUCAACCCUGACCACACCCUGAACUUGGGCUUCUAG